AUGGACUGUAGCUGCCUCUCGGACCUGCUGCUCACGGCGCCGCUGCCUGCUCUCUGGACCCCCGGCUUCGCCUUCCCGGACUGGGCCUACAAGCCGGAGUCGAGCCCGGGCUCGCGGCAGAUCCAGCUGUGGCACUUCAUCCUGGAGCUGCUGCAGAAGGAGGAGUACCGCGGGGUCAUCGCCUGGCAGGGCGACUACGGCGAGUUCGUCAUCAAGGACCCGGACGAGGUGGCGCGGCUGUGGGGCGUGCGCAAGUGCAAGCCCCACAUGAACUACGACAAGCUCAGCCGGGCGCUGCGGUACUACUACAACAAGCGCAUCCUGCACAAGACCAAGGGCAAACGCUUCACCUACAAGUUCAACUUCAGCAAGGUGGUGCUGGUCAACUACCCGCUGCUGGACGUGGCGCCGCCGCUGCUGCUGGCCCAGGGGCCCUGCCCCGCCGCCGGCCCUGCGCCCGGUCCCGACUGCGCCCCGCUCACCCCCGAGACGCUGCAGUCGCUGUUCGCCGGCCCCCGCCUGGGCGACCCCCCCGGCCGCGGGGCCCCGUUCGAGCGGCCCGAGGGCGACAAGCUGCGGCUGGACGCGGCCUUCCCCUUCCUGGGCUCAGGUGUCUCCGGCUACGCGAAGCCGCCCGGACUCCUGGGGCCCUACGGGCGGGGGGCGCCGUUCCCCGAGUACCCCUGGACCUUGAACCCCUACCUGCCCGGCGCCUUCCCUCUCGGCGCCUCCAAGCUGCCGCCGUCGCUCUACGCGCCCCCCCUGUACCCCGCGCCCUGGGGCCGCUGCCGGGGCCGCAGCAAUAAGGAGUGA